AAGAGGCAGCCGGAGCUGGUGCAAAGCCCACGAAGCUCCACCUCUACACCACAUUACCUCAGGUGAAUCCGGACAAGGAGGAUCCCGAGGGGGCAACGUUCCUCUCCCCACCUCACACCCCGCUCCCCGGCCGGGGGUGUGCCCACUAAGCCAGCUCAUGUUCCAAGCUUCUGGACACAGAUCUAUCAAUAUUUACGUAAAUGAUGUGCAAACGCAAGGAAAGGUAACUUUCCACAUCUGCUGAAAAUUCACAGAACGUCGAUGGCGGGGAAAGCGGACGGAGCCCAUCAGCCCUAGGCUCGCUCGGAUCCCGGGCCCUCCGGAGCCUCGAGGCGGGCGGGCGCGCGGGGGAGGAAGAGGCUCCGGAUGGAGAGCAAAGUGACAAUCGGAGAAGGAAAAGCAGCCUUUCCUCCCGGGGGAGCAGUGGCGGCCCGGCGGGCAGAGGGAACCUGCAGAGGGCGGCUUCUCUCCUCUUUUCCUGUCCCACCCAGUCGCCCCCCCCGCCCCCAGCACCCCCGGCCUCCUCGGCAGCGAACCCUGCGCGUCCCUGCGCCGCUCCCCCAGCUCGCCGUCCCUGCGGGUCCCCGAGGUGCCCGCCCCCGUCGAGCUGAGGAGGAGGCGCGGCGCGGGGCCGGCCCUUCCCCGGCAGCCCGUCCGACUGAUCUGCACCUCCCUGCAGGUGCCGGUCCACCUGCGGCGAUGACUAGCCUAGCAACCACACCUUCUCCAGGAGUUGUGAUCACUGUGGUCUUCCUCACCCUGCUCUCAGUCGUGAUCCUGAUCUUCUUUUACCUGUACAAGAACAAAGGCAGCUACGUCACCUACGAACCUGCAGAAGGCGAGCCUGGCGCCGUCCUCCAGAUGGAGAGUGACUCAGCCAAGGGCAGGGAGAAGGAGGAAUAUUUCAUCUAAUGGUUCCCAGGCCCCAGGGAGCUUUAUCCAGGCUCCAGUGCUAACACUAUUUAUUGGGUGAAAGUUUUUAUCUGAAACCAGUGAGAAGCAUCGACUGAUGUGGGCAGAACUGAGCUCCUUCCGGGACACAGACCCAAAUGCCAACAUCACCGACACCAGGGACCGGGGACAUGAAGAAAGCUGCUCAUGACGUCUCUAGCAGGCGUUUUUCAUAUAGCUGGUGCUUCUGACUGACGGAGGUGGAGCAGUACCAGGCAACGUUGGAUUAUGUGCCCCCAGUUAUCUUCACUUUUUCACAGGUUGAAGGGAAGGAGGGGAGUUGGGGGUCACUGGAUGCUCCUCUGUCCCAUACCUGGUUACCUGGUGACAGCCUGAGUGGAAAUAGUGUCCCCUAGAAGUUCUUCCCAGAGGCCGGACACCACAGUGAAAGGCCAGGCCGGGAGGGACAGGAGAGUGUGGAGACCUCCCUCCUGAUGAACGUGCCACAUCCCUUAAUCUGAGCCCUUCCUUUCCAUAUCCCCGAACAAUCCAGACUUAUGCAAUUUGUAUCAGAAUUAAAAUCUUUCAUUGAUACCGAAAUCAGACUCUCAUGUGCAAAUAA